AUCAUGAAAUGGGAUACACAGUUUACAGCAGGUCACUAAUGCUGGAAAAAGUACAGAGUCCACUCAGAGGCAUGCUUGUUACUUUCUGAAUUCUUGGAUAUUUUUUGUUGUUGUUGCUCAUCGUGCUGACUUUCACUGAAGGUUAUUAUAGCCUGGGCCUCAAGGCCAGAAAAGCUUACAGGCUGCACCUCUUUUGUACUAAAUGCUGUUCACCUUGCACCCAAGGGUACUGUAUAUUUACACCUAAUAAUGUCUUCUGGUUCCCACACAGCCAUCAUACAGGAAUCUAUAAAACAUGGACUUACAUCAGUUGGUGCUGGUGUCGCGGACGGACACGGAGCCCCCAGCCCGGCCCGCAGCCGCCUUGUCAUGCUGCCCAAAGUGGAGACGGAGGCCCUGGGACUCGCACGGUCGAAUGGGGAACAGGGGCAGAUGCCGGAAAACAUGCAAGUGUCUCAGUUUAAAAUGGUGAAUUACUCUUAUGAUGAAGACCUUGAGGAACUGUGUCCGGUCUGUGGAGAUAAAGUGUCUGGGUACCAUUAUGGACUUCUCACCUGUGAAAGCUGCAAGGGAUUCUUUAAGCGAACAGUCCAGAAUAACAAAAGGUACACGUGUAUAGAGAACCAGAAUUGCCAGAUUGACAAAACACAGAGAAAACGAUGCCCUUACUGUCGAUUUCAAAAAUGUCUAAGCGUUGGAAUGAAAUUGGAAGCUGUACGAGCUGACCGAAUGCGUGGCGGUCGAAACAAGUUUGGACCAAUGUACAAGAGAGACAGGGCACUGAAGCAGCAGAAGAAAGCUCUUAUCCGAGCAAAUGGACUUAAACUGGAAGCCAUGACUCAGGUGAUUCAAGCAAUGCCGACUGACCUGACAAUAUCCUCUGCAAUCCAGAACAUCCAUUCUGCCUCCAAGGGCCUACCUCUGAACCAUACUGCCUUGCCUCCUACAGACUAUGAUAGAAGUCCCUUUGUAACCUCUCCAAUUAGUAUGACAAUGCCACCCCAUGGUAGUUUGCAAGGUUACCAAACCUAUGGCCAUUUUCCAAGCCGUGCUAUCAAGUCCGAGUACCCUGACCCUUACACUAGCUCACCAGAGUCAAUAAUGGGCUACUCAUACAUGGAUAGUUAUCAAACGAGCUCACCAGCAAGUAUUCCACAUCUGAUAUUGGAACUCCUGAAAUGUGAGCCAGAUGAGCCGCAAGUCCAAGCUAAGAUCAUGGCGUAUCUUCAGCAAGAGCAAGCAAACAGAAGCAAACAUGAGAAGCUCAACACAUUUGGGCUUAUGUGCAAAAUGGCUGACCAAACCCUCUUCUCCAUUGUUGAGUGGGCUAGGAGUAGCAUCUUUUUUAGAGAACUUAAGGUUGAUGACCAAAUGAAGUUGCUUCAGAACUGCUGGAGUGAACUCUUAAUUCUAGAUCACAUUUACCGGCAAGUGGUACAUGGGAAAGAAGGCUCCAUCCUUCUUGUUACCGGGCAACAAGUGGAUUAUUCCAUAAUAGCAUCCCAAGCUGGAGCCACCCUCAACAAUCUUAUGAGCCAUGCACAAGAACUAGUAGCAAAGCUUCGCUCCCUGCAGUUUGAUCUACGAGAAUUUGUAUGUCUCAAAUUCCUGGUGCUGUUUAGUUUAGAUGUCAAAAAUCUUGAGAACUUCCAGCUUGUGGAAGGCGUUCAGGAACAAGUGAAUGCUGCUCUGCUGGACUACACAAUGUGUAACUACCCACAGCAAACAGAAAAAUUUGGGCAGCUUCUCCUGCGACUACCAGAAAUCCGGGCCAUCAGUAUGCAGGCAGAAGAAUACCUCUAUUACAAACACCUGAAUGGGGAUGUGCCAUGUAAUAACCUUCUCAUUGAAAUGCUGCAUGCAAAGAGAGCAUAAAUUAUACCCAUUAGAGCUUCUGCUUUCAAGGAAAAAAAUAAAUAUAUAUAUAUAUAUAUAUAUAUUCUGAACUGCUCCAAGCAACACUAAUUAAAAUGUGGUUUUAAGACUUCGCAAAAUGGUAUAAUAAUCAAAUACUAAUAGUAAAUAAGUGAUGUAUCAGGGUAUUUGUAUUGCAAACUGUGAAUCAUAUGCUACACACACAUCCCCAAAGGAAUCUAUAUAGGACUUUAUACUGGAGUGAACUUACCAAGUGGAUACUCUCACCAACGUCAACAUGGAAAAGGACAGACUGAUUCUUGUAUAUUUAACUCUGCUGAUUGCCAAUAUGAAGAAACUUAAGAGAAAAAAAAACCUGAUGUGUAUUAUCAAGCUAAGAUAGUGGGGAAUUUGAGCACACUAAAUUCCUUCACUGUAUAGCGAGACUUCUAAAACAGUUAUAAAAGAUGCAGAGUUGCAUCUAUAGCAUCUUCUGUCAUCCUUCCAAGGACCCAACACUUACUACUUCUGUGAUAAAUGAUGUGGCAUCCAUUCAACAAUCUGUAAGAGAGAGACCAUGUGCUAUGUAGUAUCGCCACCAAAUCCUAAGAGGCUGCUUUUGACUGUCGGUCUCUCAGGCCUGCAAAUCGCUAAUAUGAAGAGGCUGUUAUCCAGUUAGCUUGACAUUCUUAACUAUGUUCUGAAGUUUGUUUUGUCACGUGUUCAUGUUGUUCUAUCAGGCAGUAUCUCUCUUCUACUACCAUUACCAGAUAGCUAUUAAGUAGUUAAGAUAAAGACUCAAAAAAAAUUUAGCCAAUUCAAAUAUAUACUUAACUAGGGCAGUGGCUGAAACAUGGCUUUGUUAUGUAUUUAUGGCCAUUUCAAACAAAGGAAAUGGAGAUAUUUUAGCCAUCACAAACAAUAGUUUCUUUGACAAAAAAAUAAAAAAUAAAAUAUUAAGACAGCAAAUAUUGAUAUUUAAAAAAAAAUAGGAUUUAAAAAAAAUGCAUUUAGUGAUGCAAGAAUACACAAAUGAAUUCUAUGACCUAAUAAUAAAUGGAGCUUAUUAAGAAAUUAUCUUUAAAAUUGCCAGCAAUUAAGAAACUAAAUUUCAGCUCAAACAUCCAAUAUCUAAUGAAAUUUUUCCCUUUUAAAGUUAGGUAAUACACAUCUUUUACGCAAAGAAAGAAGAGUGAUACUGCUGUGUCUGUGUAGGCCAAAGUCUGCUGCAGAACAAAUAUUGGAGAAGAACAAACAAUUCUCUCUCUGUCCAAAUGAAGAUAUCAGUAUUAACAUGUAGUGCCACAGUUAAGUCUUGCCUUAUAUCAUUAUCCUUAAAGGUAACUGUGCAGGUGUGGAUCAACAUACAUUUAAAAUAAAGUAUUAAUCUCUAACAUUAACAAAAACAUAGUGUUUACAUUCUUUAGGUCCUAUGGGGAAAAAACUGUGAUAAAAUUGCAGAGCAGUGAUUUCCUUAUUAUUUCUUUUAAAUUGGUAAUUAUUUUACCAGUACUUAAUUACUGUAUGUCGUGAGACACUAAAAUCAAUAGGGGUAUUCCAUUUUGACUUUAAUUUUUGAGAUUAUUGGCUGCACAAUCACUUGUAGAAACUGUAUAAAAUCCUAAUCCUUUAAUUUUUUUUCAUGAAGAUUGCUGGCUUUUGAAUAGUUUAUUUAUAUUGUAUAUGAUAGUUUUCACUGUAGACAAUUAUGAUGCUAAUUUAUUGUUCUUUGGUUUCAUCUUUAUAUAAGAUAUAGCCAGAAUGAAGAAGCCAAAUAUCUGUGUUUACUGUAGCAUGUCUUCAAGUCAGUGGAACAUAGUUCAGGGACACACAAGGGUCUUUACAAAUUAAAAUCAUUCACUUGAUUAAAUGUCUGUAAAUCUUCAUAAUCUUAAAUGUAGUUUAUUUAAAUCUAUUGUAAAUUAUGUGAGUUCUAGCUUUUCCUGUUUCAUGGGAACUUGAAGAGGUUCAUUUCUCUUUUUUCCAAACAUUCACACAUUAUACACCAAAGACAUUAGUUAUUACAUACGCAUCAGUACAAAGAACACUGUUUUAAUCACCUGUAUUAAUCAGCUCUAAUAUUCUGUCCAUGCACAGGGUACAAACACAACAAAGCCUAGUGUCUGCAGCUUCUAGAUGCCUGUCUUGUAUCACAGAACACACAUACUGUCCUACGGACCAAAAGCAAACCAAGCACCGCUCCCUUAGCCAUCCCACAUGGCAGACGUGCAAGAGUUAUUUAAAUAACAGCAUUCUACGUCAAAAAACCUAGAUUAACAGAAAGCAAGGUGCUGGUGGCAAUUGCCGGCAGCUGUGAAACCCAUGUGUACAAGAUAAGCGUGGUCAUCCUUUCCUUUUUGAAAGAAAAACAGAGCACAUCUCAAACGUUUGCAUUCUGUAUUUUCUCUUUCUUUCCUGUUGAGAUGCUACAGUGAAUCUCACUCAAUAUUAAGACAAAGCUUUAAAAAAGUGUUGCUAACUGUAUUCACGGCACCGUUAUCUAUGUACAGGACAAAAGAAUUAAAAUAAGGGUGUAGAAGAAAGGAACAAUUUCCCGUACAUUUUAAUGGAAACAAUCUCAGAUAUUUGCCCGCAUCUGUGGUUCCAAGAAUCCCAGCAGACUGCCCAAAGUACACGAACAAAAAAAAAAUAUACUAAAGAAAAAUAAAUAAAUCACCAAACUUCCCCCCCAAGUUAUUAACUACUUUGUAACCAGACAUUUACUUCGGACUGCCUUAUUGAUUACAGGACAUAUUAGUAAAAGCAGACUAAAAUUCAAAGGGUUUGGCUUUGGCUGGUUUAUUAUAGUUGUUCCGUGUUUGUAAACAGACAAUCCGUAAAGUCUGACUAUUUGUAUUACAGAUGUUCUGCAGCUGCCUUGGAUUUAAAUCCAUGCAACUCUUAGAAUGUGCAGUGAGUUACUUGUUGAAGUUGAAGUUCUCUUACUGUAUUGGUGAAAUACAUAUUGUCAUGUCAGUUCUUGCCAGGAGUUUCCCAUCACCAAUGGAGUUAUUUUUUUUUCAGUAUUUCAAUAAAUAUUGAUAUGCCCGUGCCGAUUACUUUAUAA